CGCUUUUUCGAAAGGUGAAAACUUUCCAUUGCCCAUUUUCGUUUUCCUAUAAACAGUUGCAUUGUUUGUAAAGUUUGGCCAAAUUCAUUUUCUUGAUAGAUUUUUUAUACCAAACUCAUCAAUUCAAGGUAAAAUUUUGAUACUUGGGAUAUAAGAAGAUUUGAUUGAUAUCAUUGCAAAUGUCAAGUAGCUCAAGGAGUGAUGGAGACAACUGUAUUGAUGUUUAUGAACCCUUGGAGAUUGAAACAAGAUGCAAAGAGUUAUGGAAAGAAAAAGAGAUGUUGACAGAAUCACAAUCUCAGAGCUUUGAACUAAUCAGGGCACUGGAACUAUAUGUGAAGUCAUUGUCUGAAGCUCGUGUCCAAGACAAAAAACAUAUUCAGAAAUUGGAAAGAGAGCUAAAAAACUGCUGUCAAGAAAUAGAUUACUUGCAGAAUCAACUAAGUGCUAGGAAUGACGAGGUCAAGUGUCUAACUGAUCAUGUGCACAACUUUGAGAUCAAAUUAGCUGACAUGGAAAGUUUACAGAAGAAAGUGGACAGGCUGAUAGGAGAGUUGAACUGGUCGAAGUCUGAUUGCUUGUUACUAAUGCAGGAAAUAGAGGACAAAGAAGAAGAGCUGCAACAGUCAGCUUUGUGCAUAGAGAAAUUGGAGGAGUCAGUUUCAUCUAUGGCACUGGAAUCCCAGUGUGAAAUAGAGAGCAUGAAGCUUGAUAUAAUGGCCCUGGAGCAGACAUGCCUUGAAGCUAAGAAAACUGAGGAAGAACAUGUUCAAGAAAAAUUCAAGAUGAAUGUUUUAAUUGAGGAACUUGAGGUUCAGCUUCAGAAUGCACAGGAAAUUAUUGAAGCACUAGAUAACGAAAACAAAGAGCUAAGAGGAAAGCUUAUUACAUCUGAAAAAAAUGCCAAGAUAUUCUGUCAAAAGAUCAAGGAAUGGCUGAAAAGCAAGGACAGAUCACAGCUCAAUAUGCAUUCUGUCUUUGGUGAACCAGAAAGCAUGAUUACAUUAUUAAAAGAUAUAAGUGGCUGCAAGGAACUCUUCGGUGUGCUUCUUCCAGAAGUGGCAUUAGUGCUGGAAUCUGAUUCCAAUUCGAAGGAACAGGCUGAAAGCAUGUCACAUCAGAUAAAUGAUUAUGAUCUCCUGGUGAAGCAACUUAAGGAUGAACUGAGAGAGCAAAAGUUUAAAGCAAAGGAAGAAGCGGAGGAUCUAGCACAAGAAAUGGCUGAGCUAAGAUACCAGAUGAUGGGCUUGCUUGAAGAAGAGUGCAAGCGCCGUGCUUGCAUUGAACAAGCAUCUUUACAAAGAAUAGCUGAGUUGGAGGUGCAGAUUCAAAAACAGCCCCAAAAUUCAGUUGCUGUUGUUAGACAUCUCCAUGAAUCAUAAGGACUAGCUGUGGUAAGGAUUGUUGAUGUCCGAUACUUGGAAACCAAGUCGGAUGUUGGUACUUUCCUGAAUCUUUUUCUUUGCUUUUUUUUUUUCUAGAUUGCCCUUAAACAGUUUUUAUAUUUUAUGUUUCCAAUGCCCUACAUGAACGUAAAUGCAACUAAUGGUAAUAUUCUUGCACUCAACUUAUUUUCUUAAACAGCAUGAGAAUUUACUUGUCAUUGGGGUUUGGUGGUGUACUUGCAUUCAUCUCCCCAUUUUAAGUUAUUACUACCAACUGGUUUGUGCUGGAUUCGAACAGAAACGGCUUCCAAUGGCUAACCUUAGGAAAGAUGUAUACCAUUUGCAUUGACCAAGGUUCGUGGAAGGACGGCAGUAUGAGGCGGCCAAAUAUACCAAGGUAGAGAUACUGAUAUAACAGUGUGCAUUUGUAUACACGUUUCGAGUUGAGUAUAAUUAUUGUGCAGUAGUUUGUUGUUUGUUGCAGCUGGUUAUGAAGCUACGAUUUGCAUUGGUGUUGUACAUUUUUUCUACAAAUUUCAGCAAAGAAAAGUUCAGUUUUGCAAUUACAUUCAAAAAGAGAAGACACUGCAUCCGGAUCUGGCUCCAAGAAAAAUGCUGGAUAUGGUAUUGUUUUCUCCCUCCCCCCAUUUAUACCUUGUAAGCUAUGAAGUAAGGACAUUUUUGAACCGCUUGUGUAACCAUAUUGUAUUCGUAUUUCAUACUUUGACGCUUGCGACACGUCAAAAUACAUGUCUAAUUUACCGAAUAUGACAAAGAGGAAGAAAAUUCUC